AUGGCUUGGCGAAACAGAUUACGUUGUUAUAUCUGUGAUGGCGCUUUUCUACCGGCACAAAUGAGUCGAAUAGAUGGGGAUGAAAAUGCUGCUCGUCGCGAAAUCGCUAUUGUUAGACGUGAUUCUUUUAACAGACCAGUUCUUGAAAUAACAAAUCGAACAAGGCUCUGCAUCAAUUGUAAUCGAUCCGUUCUUGAUGAGUUACGCAUAAUAGAACACGAUCCCACUUGCCUUCGACUUAAUGUUUUGACACAAACUGCCAAUCGUACCUGCGUAAUAUGCAAUGUUGAAGAUGUUCCCAAGGUUUCUGCCGAUUGUCGAGUAAAUGUUUUUAUUUUGUGCAAUAUUUAUAUUCCCGAGAAUGUGAGAUCAUGUCAACAUCAUCUUGACGAUAGAGGUUUUUUCUUGGAGCCAUUAUUAUGUGGUUUACAAUUUAUAAACAGACCGUAUGUUCUUAAAGGUCCACAACUUGCGAUUUUUCUGCAAGGACUUCGCAAUGUCGCUGUGAAUAAGCGCAGAUUUGUUGAUGAAAAUAGUCUUACAGAUUCUGAAUUCUCAUCAUUCUCUCCCGUGACAAAAGAGCAAUUUUUAGAACUCUUUAACUAUUGUGAUAGAGUAACUUGCAAUGGGGGUUAUAGAUACGUAUUGAAAAAGGAUCUCUUGAUGUUUUUAUGUAAACUACGACAGGGUUUAUCUGAUGACUUUUUGCAAGUUAUUUUCGAGUAUUCAAGUAGACAAGCAACAAGUAUGGCAAUUUCUACUGUUCGCCAAUCUCUAAUGCAACGAUUUGUUCCGGAAAACAUUGGUCUUAAUUCAGUUACUAGAGAAAAUUAUAUUGCAAGACAUGUACCUGAAUUCGUUAAUGAAUUGUACAAUGCUAAUCCAAACAUUCCUCGUGUAAUUGCUGCGAUCGAUGGAACUUAUAGUUAUAUACCCAAAUGUAGUAAUUUUCGCACAUUACGUCAGUCUUUUUCGAUUCAUAAGAGUCGUCAUUUACUGAAACCUGUACUUAUAGUAGCACUUGAUGGAUAUAUUUUCGAUAUUCAAGGUCCUUAUUUUUCCGAUUCUCGGAAUAAUGAUGCGGCGAUUUUGGAGAAUGAAUUCGAGAGAGAUGCAGAAAGAAUGAGAGAAUGGUUCCGCGAUGGAGACAUUUUAAUUGUAGAUCGAGGAUAUCGUGAUGCUACAGAGCUCUUGGCUCGGCUGGGUAUUAUAUGGAAAAUGCCAGCACGCCUUCAACAAGGGAGAAAUCAAAUCACUACAGAAGAAGCCAAUGAUUCACGAUUAGUUACCAAGACGAGAUGGAUUGUUGAAGCUCGAAAUGGGCAUAUCAAAUCGAUAUUCAAAUUCUUUCAACAGAUUAUACCAAUACCUCACCUUUUGAAUCUCGGUGAUUUUUAUCGUAUUGCUGGUGCAAUAAUCAAUAGGUAUCGUUCAGUUAUUGAGAUGCAAGGAACCAAUGCAGAAUUAGCUCGUCAGAUGCUUGAGAGAGCUAAAACACCAAAUAUUAUUCAGGCACUAGUCGAGGUUGAUAACCUGCACACACGUAAUGCUCAAAGAUGGGUACGAUUAGAUGUACAACAAAUUCUUGAUUUCCCAAUUCUAGAUUUAGAGUAUUUAAAAGAUCUCACUGUCGGUAUUUAUCAAAUCAACUUAGCACCAUCGUAUGUGCAGGAUAAAUUGCAAAGAGAGGGUCAAGAAGAAUUUCAUGUCGAAAUGAUGAGAAACGUACAAAGGCUACCUCAACCUGGCCUCAUGAGAGUAAGAAUUUUCUCAAGAUUUCGGAAUGCAACUAAAUAUCAGUUGUGGAUUAAGUAUCGACACAAUAAUGAUCAAGAACCAGCGGAUGCUGUAGAUGAGCUCAUACAGGGUUAUUAUUGUACGUGUAAAUCAGGUGCACGAACGCUAGGCACGUGUGCACACAUAGCUAGUGUACUGUGGUAUGUUGGGUAUGCUCAACAUCAACAAAAUAUCAAAUAUCCCUAA